AGGAGUUAAUUAUCAGCCAUGCAUCGUGCCUCAGGAAUGAUGUUGCAGCGCCGAAUUAUGAGCAGGCGGCAGUCGUGCGACGUCUUCAUUAACCACCGAGGCAUCGACACCAAGAGAACAGUGGCGACCUUGCUCUAUGACCACCUCACAAUGCUCAACAUGAGGCCUUUCCUGGACAACAAGACGAUGAAGCCGGGGGACAAGCUGUUUGAUAAAAUCGACAGUGCGAUUCGGGGUUGUAAGAUCGGCGUGGCCGUCUUUUCCCCGCAUUAUUGCGAGUCAUACUUCUGCCUCCAUGAACUGGCUCUGUUCAUGGAGUCCAACAAGAAGGUUAUCCCCAUCUUCUGCGAUGUCAAGCCCUCCCAGCUUCGGGUGGUCGACAAUGGAAGUUGCUCCCAGAAUGAGUUGCAGAGGUUUAACCGAGCUCUGGAAGAAGCCAAGUACACCGUGGGGCUAUCCUUCGACUCCUUAAAAGGGAACUGGUCUGAGGUGGUGACAAGCGCUUCCGACAUAGUGAUCAAGAGCUUGAUGGAGCUUGAAAAUGAGCGGAAGGUACGCCAGUGAGCGGUUACAUGUGCCUUUCUGAUGCAUUAAUAAUUAGUGAAGGAUUAAUAACAACGACACAGACUGAAUGAUCCUUCUUCCUUCAUGAUCAUCUUUCUAUUGGGUCUUCACAUGGUUGAUUUCAGCUGAUAUAUGUUAAGAUUUAGUAUUGUUUUAUUCGUUGUAUAAAGUAAUAACUGCGGCUAGCUACUUGCUAAUGCAAAUUGGUGUUUGGA